CCAAUUAUCAGAAGAAGAAGAAGAAGAAGAGACCAAACACGGUAGUUUGUUCAGAAAUCAUCUGAGUUCAUAUAUAGAACAAAAACGUGUUAUAAAUGUAUUUUUAGAUCGAGUAUAAAAAAGGCUGGAACUUAAGUCGGAAGCUAAAGCCAAAAUGAAGCCACCUCCCCGCGCUCGCGUUAAACGAACCCCGUUUGAAGUGACACAGGURAAGAAGAGAUCCCGAAGGCAGUGCACGUUGAACUGGACCAGGUCCGAGCUGAAGAAACUCCUGGACGGYCUGAAGAAGAUGAGCCCAACCGGACAACACCGGGAAAUUAACCAUGGUUUCCUGAAAAAGAAGCUUCCUAUGAAGUCCAUGUCAGAGAUCUCCUCUAAGGUGGACUGUCUGAAGAACAAAUUGAUUUCAGCUGUCAGCUUCCAGCUGCAGAAGCUCAGGUGGGAGGAGAAGAGAAACAGCAAGCCCAUCGAUGAGUGGACACACAUGGCUUCUGCUGUGGCUGGAACACUUGAAGCCGUCAUAUCUGCUGCGUUUUCUCGGAUGCUGAUUGUAUCAUCCACAGAACCAUGCACUCUGAGAAACUGUGACCCCUUUCCAGUYCCCAGACCACUCACCAAGCCCAAUCCAACUGUUUGGACAAUCCCUUUAAGACGGAUGCUUCCUGUUCCAGUCGAAGGUAAAGUUCCUGGCACUGUCCCUUGUCCUGUGUCUCUCAAGACUCCAUCACCAACCAUGGACCCAGCCAGAAGAUUUUCUGCACCAUAUCAAGUGGUUAGAGUGCCAAACUCCCCUCAGACUCCUUCAGUGGGUCUGAGAUUAGCUACAGCACAGGUUAGACCUGGUGGUAGUUCUCCAGUAGCAGCUGUAGCUGUGAAAGAAGGCAGAUCUGAAACCUUCUUCCUGCCUCCUAGUCCUCAGACAUCUCUCAGCCCCAGGCCCAUCCCAACCACACCACCACAAUCUUUUUCAAUACUCUCCAGAUGUUCCUCCACCCCUCCCACCGUUCCAUCCUUAGCCACUAUUCCUGCAUUGCACACCGGGUUUGAACAAAGUAGCAAACACAAAACAGAAGACAGAACAAUCAAAGACCAAUGUGUGGUAGACUUUGAGAAGAUCUACAACUUCCUGAGUGCUUUCCAAAACCACAGUGAGGAUUUUCAUCUUACACCAAUGGAGAGUGCCAUAGUUCUCGACCUUCUAAUGUCUCUCCCAGAGGAGCUUUGCCUGCUGGACUGUCAAAACCUGCACAAGCAUAUGAUUCAGGUGUAUCGGAGUAUUUCAGCUCCUGCUGACUCCCAGAUGGCCAAAAAGCCUCUGAUAAAGGUGGAGUAUGAACUCAGGUCUCAGUCGGAUCCUGCUGGAACCUCAGGCGGGACUCAUUCCUCUGACUGUGGAGAGAAGAGAGGGACAUUAAAUGAACCMGGAGGUCCAAACAUGUUGGAAUGUUACCCCCCUCUGAACCCAUUCAUGGUUCCUCUGAAGCUGCUACAGCGAAAGCAGACUUCAUUACCCUGAGUCAAAGUUUUAAACUUGAUUAUCCACCAGAACCAGUCAGCUGUUGGGUUUUUCUUUAACCAGUUUUUUGCUGUAGAAAUCAGUAGAUCAAACWAAAAUCUCACCUAACUGCUGAUAGUGUUUUAUUUAUUUUGUUAGUUAUUUUUGUAAGGGAAUGUUAAAACUUGGCUCUUUAAGAAGUUGUUCUUAUUUUUGUGAUAAACUUUUAUGUAAUUUUGACUGAAUUUUGUUUUCUAAAACCRGUUCAGAGGCAUCUUUUGCAGCUGUGUUUUAGCUGGAAAGAAAUAUCACCUCUCCUUUUCUGGAUCCAACUGUAAUGAAGCUGGAGGCAGAGAAACUAAUGCAUUUACUGUGUGAAGUUACAAUGAAAGUUAGUCUAAGUCUAAAUCUGGUGCAGUGUUUUAACAUGUAUGUUGUAACUGCACACUGUCCUGAAUAAAUGAAGUGAUUGAAGGA